AUGCUCUGGCUUGUUACGCUCGGACUGCUCACCUCGACACUCGCUUCUCCCCUCUACUCCAGGCAGACGAGCACACUUCCGGCGCCCGGUACUCGCGGUCCUGCACCGAAGUCUGAAUGGGUUGCGGUUUACGAAGUUGCCAAAGCGGCUGGCAGAAUCUCGACGUUUGCGCCGGCCAAGCUGAGCGGUGCGGGCAACCCGUACUAUCCGCCGGGCGUCGAUACGGGCGAGAACGGCUUCGUCACUGAUUCCCCUAGCUUUGUUCACGCAGUUGCCGCCUGCUUUGGGGACAGCGACAUCUCGGACGCUCCUGACGGCAUGUAUGGCGUUUCGUUCGACGACGGCCCGCUGCCGAGCUCGCCGGCUCUUUACCAGUUCCUGCAGAAGCAGAACCAGACUGCGACGCACUUCUUCAUCGGCACGAACAUCGUCAACAACCCGGACGUCUUCCGUCAAGCCCUCGCUUCGAAUGCGCACAUUGGCGUACACACCUGGAGUCACCCCUACAUGACAACGUUGAACGACACCCAGGUCCUCGGCGAACUCGGCUGGACGGUGCAAGCGAUUCACGACCUGAGCGGCGGUCUCAUCCCGAAGUUCUGGCGUCCGCCUUACGGUGACGCCGACAACCGUGUGCGAGCCAUCGCCAAGGAGGUCUUCAACCUGACCCUCGUUGGCUGGAAUCGCGACUCGGAUGACUGGUGUUUGAACGAGAGCGGCGGAUCAUCAUGCGGAUCGUACGGGCCGAAAAGCAUCGAGGACCUCGAGAACGAGUUGCGCAGCUGGGCUGUGGGCGGCGUCUCGCCUGGCAUCAUCGGCCUCGAGCACGAGCUCACGUCAAAGUCGGUCGGCGGCUUCAUCAACACGUACGCGGGCUUGAAGCAGCACGGGUGGGAUGCCCGGUGCAUUCCCGACCUCUUCGACCUCUCUUGGUACCUCAACUCGCCUGGCGACAGCCAGCCCAUCGACUCGAGCGUCGGCAUCGGCGCAGGACUGUCCUCUUCCCCUGCCACUACGUCCUCGAACCUAGACGCAGCUGCCACCACCCCUUCGCCAGGCACACCUUCAUCCGUGACAUCGCCAGUCGCCGCCGUCGAGUCAGUCAGCCAGACCGUCCAGCACCUCGCCUCGUCCGCGACACCGCGUCCGGCGUUCUCUUCAUUCUCUGUUCCCCUCGCUUUCUUCGUCGCAGCUGGCCUGCUUGCCUAG